AGAGAGCGUGUAGAGCUGAAAUUGCCCUGGAUGGAUACAGGAUCAUGCGGAAGACGAGCUGUUCUGGGGGCAAAAGGGCAGCGAUCGGCCGCAGCCUCCUACCAAAAAUAAGCCCCAGUCCAGCACCCCCUGGGCCAAGGGGAGGGAACCGGCUGGGCUGGCGCGGGGAGGCUGAGCGGAGCCUGGGCUGAGGAUGAUAGGCAGGACGGCAACAAAGCCAGGGGCUUGGAGGAAAGCAGCAAGUUUCGGCGAGAGCCGGGAAUAAAGCCCUGCGAGCCGCAGGGCUGGCUCAGGCCCCGAGCGAAUACUGUGGGGAAAAUGUGCACCACUCAAGAAGAUAUUGGAUAUGAUUUUGAAGAUGAUUCAAAAGAUAAGAUGAAGACACUUAAGCCUAAUCCAAACAUUGAUGGCGGAUGGGCUUGGAUGAUUGUCCUUUCUUCCUUCCUUGUACAUAUACUCAUCAUGGGGUCACAAAUGGCCCUUGGAAUACUUAACAUGGAAUGGCUUGCAGAAUUCAGUCAAAGUCGAGGACUGACUGCAUGGGUUAGCUCCCUUAGCAUGGGUAUUACACUGAUCGUAGGUCCUUUCAUUGGUUUAUUCAUUAACACAUGUGGGUGCCGCAAGACAGCAAUAAUUGGCGGGAUCUUGAGUGCCCUAGGCUGGGUAUUGAGUGCCUAUGCCUCAAAUGUACAUUACCUCUUCAUUACAUUUGGCGUGACAGCUGGUGUUGGGAGUGGCAUGGUUUACCUUCCUGCAGUGGUCAUGGUAGGACAGUAUUUUCAGAAGAGAAGAGCACUAGCUCAGGGACUUAGUACCACUGGAACAGGGUUUGGAACAUUUCUAAUGACCGUUUUACUGAAGUAUCUAUGUAAGGAAUUUGGAUGGAGGAAUGCAAUGUUCAUCCAGGGUGCUGUGUCUCUGAACCUUUGUGUCUGCGGAGCACUCAUGAGGCCCCUUUCUUCCAAGAAGGAUACCGAUGAAAAGAGUGUUGAGAGAAACAAUAGUGAAGAUUAUCAUGCAAAAGCUCUGUUCCAUUCUGCAAAGCCCAUAAAAUCGAAUGGGGUAGUACAUGAAGAGCAAGAGGAAAAAGAAGGGCCAGCUAAUGUCAAAGUGCUUUACAAUUUUCAAGCUAUGGAGUGCAAAGGUAAAAGCAGACAUGGAAAGAAUUUGUAUGCUCUUUGCAUUCUUAAGAGAGUGAGCCAGCUGACUGUUACAAUCAAGAAUGGGUUUGGAACAUGGUACUCCAGCUACUUUGGGGCUGCGUCACUUUUUACCAAUAGAGUAUUUGUGGCCUUUGUGUUUUGGGCAUUGUUUGCAUACAGCAGCUUUGUUAUUCCUUUUAUUCAUCUUCCAGAAAUUGUCAAACAGUAUAAUUUAUCCACACAGAAUGAUGUGUUUCCUUUGACCUCGAUUAUAGCCAUAGUUCAUAUAUUUGGUAAGGUGAUCCUUGGAAUCAUCUCUGAUUUACCUUGCAUCAGUACCUGGAAUGUCUUCCUGAUAGCUAACUUCACUCUUGUCAUCUGUAUUCUUAUUUUGCCAUUAAUGCAUACAUAUAUUGGCCUGGCAAUGGUUUGUGCCCUAAUAGGAUUUUCCAGUGGGUAUUUUUCUCUAAUGCCUGUUGUGACUGAAGAUUUAGUGGGGAUAGAACACCUUGCAAAUGCUUACGGCAUCAUCAUUUGUGCCAAUGGGAUAUCUGCACUGCUAGGACCACCGUUUGCAGGUUGGAUCUAUGACAUCACACAAAAAUAUGAUUUUUCUUUUUACAUUUGCGGUUUGCUCUACAUGGUAGGAAUAAUUGUUUUACUCAUCCAACCUUUUAUUCAAAAGAAACAAUCAAAAGACCAACCCACUGAUAACACAAAAGUAUAGUUCAAUUUAUGGAAUGUUUUGAAAAGUAUAUAUUAGGUUCAUGUCUCUGUUAUAUAGCAGUACAAAACUGUUAUUCUUAUAAGACCAACUGCAUUGAAGAGUAUCACAGUGAAUAAUGAAUGAGCUGCAAAGUGCUGAUAUUAAAUAAUUAGUGCUUGUAAAAGCAAGUUUACUGUCACACUUACGAUUCUUGGCUUUAGAACUGUCUCUUUAACAAAUACAGAUGUUAAGAGCUUUCCAGAUACAAUAUCACUAUUAUUAUAUUUAGUCAGUGGUUGAAACAUUAGUUCUGAUUCUUAACUCAUGUACAACAGUUUUACACUGAUGAAACUAUUGACUGCAAUGCAGUUACUGCUGAUUUACACUAGUGUGAGAAAAGAAUCAGGCCUCACAUGAAUACUUUCCUACUCUAUAUUCCAGCUGAUCAGAAAUGUGUUGUUGAGCACCAGAAAAUGGUUGCAUUUCUCAUCCAGGUAUGCAUGUGUGUCACUGCAAUACUAAUAAUAAUUCAAGGCUACACAUAAUUUAAUAUAUUUAAAAGAAUGUUUCUGUGAUAUAAAAUUGAAAUUUUUUUAUAUUUUUCUGAAAGCACUCUCCAGUCCAAGGAACUCUUUUUGAUGUUUUGAUUGCAGAACAAAUUAUCCAUUCUCAGCUCAUAAGAGAAAUGAUAAAUGAGAUACUUAAAUAUAUUCUGAUACCAAACCGUACUGAAGUAAAACAAACAAAACAACAAAAACUGGGGAAGGAUGGGGAAUAUUAAUAGGGUUCUUCAGCAGAAAGGAUAGGCAGCAAAACUAGAUGAUUUAUUGCAAGAGUCUAUUAGAAAAGUUAAUACAUACAGGUAGAGUUUAUGGGCCUCCCAAUUCUGAUCUCAGUGCAGCCAGAGUCAACUUCAGUAGUUACUCCUGAUUUACACUGGUGCAACCAAGAACAAA